GUAUGUAAUAAAAAUAGAAAUUGCACAUUUUUUUUUUAUCAAAAGAUCUGGAACACACAUUUAAAAUAUUAAUGUAAACAAUUUUUAUUAUAUCCAUACUGAAUCUGACCGACUUUUCAGGAUUACAUGCAAAAUUAAAUAAUUGAAUACAUAUUGUUAACAUGAUAAGAAUUUUUUUCAAGUAUUUUAUUUUUAUUUCUAUUGUAUGCCUACCUGUUUGGUCAGCAAACACAUUGAAAUUAAUAAGUGUAGUUUUUCGACAUGGAGAUCGAACACCUGUUCCUCCAUUUGAACUGUAUCCUAAGGAUCCACACAAAAUAUUAUCAUUUACACCUCCAGGUCAUGGAAAAUUAACUCAAAGUGGUCAAUUAAGAGCAAAUAAUUUAGGAAUUUUUCUGCGAAAUACAUAUAACGAAUUUUUAGAAACUAAUUAUUCCUCAGGAUUUGUUGAAGCGCGAAGUACUAAAAUUAAUCGUACACAAGAAUCUUUGAAAUUGGUCUUAAAGGGUUUAUAUCCAGAAGCUUCUGUGCCAGUAAUUGUUAAUCCAAUUCACAAUGAUUAUCUAUUCUUUCCUCAAAUGUGCAUCAGAUACAAUGUUGAAUAUGUAAAAGCAAAAUUGAGUAAAGAUGUGAAAGAUGAAUUGAAUAAAUUAAAAGAUUUUAGAAAAAAUUUAACAAAUUGGACAGGAAAAAAAAUAAAAAGUGCCCUUGACAUGUAUUUUAUUUACACAACUUUGGAAUGCGAAAACUUUAUGAAUUUAACAUUACCUCCUUGGACCAUUGGUGUUUAUCCAGAUGGUGAUCUUUUAAAAGGAUCGGUACUUGAAUAUAAAAUAAUGAACUACAACAAAAAUAUGAUUCGACAAAAUGGAGGAAUGCUGGUUAAAAAAUUCAUAGAAGACAUGAAAGCAGUAGGAAAUGGAUCAAUGGAUAAAAAAAGAAAAAUAAUGUUAUACAGCGCACAUGAUAUUACCGUUGCUGCAGUUCUAAAAGCUCUUGAUGUCUAUUAUCCACAUGUACCAAAAUUUUCUUCAGCUGUGAUUGUUGAAUUACAUCUUAUAGAGCAAAAAUAUUUUGUAAAGAUUUUAUAUUAUCUAGGUGUACCUGGAGAAAUGAAAGAAUUACAAAUUCCAGGAUGUAAUAUUUUAUGUUCUUUUGAUGAAUUUAUCAAUUUGACACGAAAUAUUGUUCCCGUUAAUUUGAAUUCAUGCAAGCAAAAUAGAGAUAUUUCGAAAUAUAGUAAUAAUUAUUCCGAUGAAAUUACUAACAGAAGAAAAGAAUCAAUGAAAAUAUUCUUAAUCGACUAAGUAGUAAUAAUUUUUAUUUUUAAAAAUGAAAUUCUAAUCAAUUUGUAAAAGUGUAAUAAAAAUAUUAAAAUAAAUAAUAGAAAUUUUAA